CACACACUGCAAAUGAUCUCAGCUGAUCAGCUGUUCGAAAAACGAAAAUAAACAUUUUAAUUUAAAAGCCGGCAUACAAUCAACAAAAUUGUGAAGGAUUCUAGCUGUUAAAGAGCCUGGCGACCUGACUUUCAAACCGGCGACGACUUCCCGGCUGCUGCAUCUUAUCGCCGGCCAAUAAAUGUGCAUAAAUGCGCCCACGACAGGACGAGUAGGGAGCAGCGAGGAGUGGUGGAGCAGUGAAACAGAAACAGCCGCAGAAACAGAAACAAUAACAAUAGUAAAGCCGCAGGACUCGACCACAACAAGCCACAAUCGGCAAUCAUCAACACUGGCGCGCCGCAGACCGAGCAGAAGGGGUCAGAGGUCGGUGGUCGGUGGUCGGUGGUCGGAGGAGCAGGCGCUUGCUGACGGCGCCAGUUGCAUUUUGACAACGACAACGAACCAAAAACACCCGCGCACAGGCCAUGACAGCCGAACGAGGACCCCGCUCCCCGGGAACGGGGCAAAAACUAAGGCUUAGAGCCACUGAGCCAAUGCCACAGUGGACGGCCAAAAAUCUGCACGCCCUGCUGGAUCUGCCCGCGGCGAUGGAACUGCGCCAAAUUGAGUUGAUCUAUCGGGCGGAGGGUAAUGCAAAUUUGGUGCUCGCCCUGCCGCAAUUUAAAAAAGUUUUACGUUUGCCAAAAAUGAUAUCCAGCAGACUGCGCCAGGCGGCGCACCAGCGGCACGAGCUGGCGGAUGAGGUUGCUCGGCCGGAAGGGCAGCGUGUCUCAUCCGAAAGAGCUGGAACUGAAAAUGCUGGCGACUUGACAAUGCCGGAUUUUAUGGCUUAUAUCGGGAUAAUGCGCCGUCUAUUAGGAAAUGAGUUUGUCUGCGGAGCGGAUAUUGUUGCCAUACCAAAGGAAGACGAUAGAUUCUGGAUAAACGAGCAUAUACGCGCCCAAAGACCGGUUUCGCGUCUGGAUAAGGAAUUUGUGGGGCCAUUCGGCCUGCUGCUGCCAGAUGUGACCCAAUUGCCUGCCACGUUCGAUGUUUUACUUGCCAAUUUACAGGCAAAGGGCACAACAGGAGAUGAAAGUGGAGCUGCAGCGGGCGUAGGAGAUGGCGGUGGCGUUGGCCGUGGAGCAGGAACAAGGACGAAAAACAGGAGCGCUGUCCGUCGUCUGGGCGAUACAUAUGCCAUCGAAAUAAAACCCAAACAAGGCUGGCUUCAGUUGGCAAGUGAUGUCAACGAUUUAUUUGAUUUAAUGCCAUCGGGGGCAGUGACAAAGCCAAAGGAGACGACCUGCAAUCAGGAGGAGAAUGAGCCCUCUGCCCGGGACAAGUGCUGGUGUCGCUUUUGCAGCAUGCAACUGCUGAAGAUGCACAAUGGGAAAAUCAAACGUUUGGGCCACUACUGUCCGCUGGAUCUAUUUUCCGGUACACCCAGUCGUAUGCUCGAUGCCUUGGAUGCACUUCUCGCCUGCCCGCAAAAUAAUUUACGUGUGUUUCAGAACAGCAAUUUAAUUUAUGGCGAUCACGCGAAUUCGAUUUCCUUCGAUGAAUUGAGCUCGCGUGUCUUUCCCGGUGAAAUUAUGGUGCUUAUAAAACAUUUGCUGGUGGCCUGUCUGCUAAGGGAAUACGAGCACCCGGAAUCCAAACGAGCAGAGGGCUCCAAUCAGAGCCAGAAGCAGCAGCAGGAGCAGCCGGAGCCGGAGCAGCUGAAUCAGAGUCGCGUUUCUAUUGCGGCGACGGAGACAAAGGCCGGAGCUGCUGGAAUUGGCGCCGCUAAUGUUGUCCUGCCACUCGGAGGCAGGGCAGCCGCCCCUGUUGUCACUGCCGGUCAAUCCUCGACGCGGACAAGAGCAGCUGCUGCAACAGCCACGACCCAAAGGUACACAAAAGUGGCCAGAGUGGAAACAACAAUAACUAGACAGGCAGCCACCUCGAUGGCAGCAGGACCAGCAUCGAGCAGCCAACUGUCCGGCAAUGUGUUGGCAACGGCAACGGCAACGGCAACGGCUACGGCAAUGGCAACUUCAGGUCGAACGGAAACAAAAACGGAACCGGAAACUCCGGCUGAGGCUGCUAGUACGACAAGUCGCAACGUGAAUCAGAAUGAAAGCCAAAAACUGAAUCGAAAUGAGCCUGCGAAUCAAACUCAAGCGCAAAACAACAAAACGGAAAUAUUUCGCUUACCAAAAAAUUGUGUGCUGCAAAAAAUUUUGAAUUUGCAAUUGCUGGUAAAGCGCCACUUCGACUUCAUGUGGCAAUCCGGGUACUCCGACCACUCCCGGCCCACUUACAACUCGCUGCGGGGUCUCUUGGCCGCAAUCGAGGGAGCCGGGGAUGAGGAAUUCGAGCCGGAUGAGGAUCAGGCUUAUAUGUUGGGAGCCACGGCGCUGGAUUGCUCGAUUAUGUUGACGUUUCAGGAAAUCGAAAUCGAAUGCGAAACCGAUUGCCCGGCUGACCAAAGCAGCGAUGCGGCACUGCAGCCUUGGUGUGUCUCCCUGCUGGGUCAUCACUUUCUGACCAAACUUUGUGUCCUGGAUUUGGAUCCCAAGCCCGACAGUCACUUUCAUAAAUUCAUAGCGCAGACACGUGAAAUUGAAAAGUGCCGUCGAGCAUUAAAUUAAUUAAUAAACUUUACGCCC